AAUGUAAUAAUGCUAGUGUUUUAAGACAAGUCUGGAGUAAAUGUUUGAGUGGUUAUGUUACAUUAUUCCAAAUAUAUUUUACAGGGGUCCAGUGCCAGCACCUGUUAUCAAUGGUCUACAUUAUUUUACAGCUUUAGAACUGCAGAAAAAUUUUGAGCUUUGUGAAGAUUAUUUUAAAGCUCCCAUUGGACCGUAUUCCGAGAGGAGUGGCAAGGAUUCCCACCUUCUCAAGAACUACUCUACGAUAUUUCAUGCUUAUCCAUGGUUGAAAGACAUGUCUUCUCAGCCUCCAGAGGGCAGUGGUUACUCUCGCCCGGGAUCAGCAGUAAGUGAUGGUGAGGCUGAUCAGGCCCUAAGAGAGCUAUAUAAACACUCACUUCCAUGGGACAAAGUGCCUGUCCAACACAGAAGACACACGGUCUCGGUCAUCAGCCACCCAGGUUUCAACACCAAACUCAUCCUCCCUCCAAUCCCUCAGGGCCGCAAGUAGACCAGAGUCACAUUUGGUCUUAACGUACAAAACUUGUUCUGAUCAAUGUCCAAUCCCUUUGUCUUACCUGGUCAUGGAUCCUGUUUCCCACUCAACUACCUACCUACAAAAGAAUGUUCUAUGUGCCUUAAUUCUCUCAAUCAAUUUCUUUUGUGAUUCCCAAGUAGUGUCUUUUUAGAAUGUAAGUUAUUCUUAGCUUUUGGAAAUGUAAUUUCAGUUUUUCUCAUAGCUCUUAAUGACUUUUCCAGCUGCUUCCUGCUCUGAAAUAUCAGAUGGCAAACCCUCCCAAGAUCUUGGUAUUUUGCUGUGUGCAUAGUGAUUUUUGGAUACAUCCAACUGGGAUUCUGCUUUUGAAAUUUUAAUGUGUCCAUUUAUAACAUUUGUGUAUGCCCUAGGGGACUGAGAUAUUUUGUUCUUCUGAUUAUGAAAGAACUGUAGAGUUCCAUUUAACUAGUGACCAAAAGGAUCUCGACUGCAUCUCUCAAAAGGAAUUAAUUCAUGUAUUUUUUCAUGGUUCUUGAGUUGCUUUAGCAAUACGAAGGAAUAAGAAUUACCAGAUAUUUCUUUUACUUCACCCUUUCCUGACUAUGAUUAUGUACUUCUUGUCAUUAGAACUAUUUCUAAACAACUUUCUUCAUCUUUAUAGCUUCACUACCUACUGUUGGCAGAAAAAAAAAAAUUGGGUA